CAGGCAAACAACCCAUUCCCCUUAUCUAGAUCAGACUGGUCGAAUACCGAUACAAACAUCGUCCGCAGUCAACUGGCGCACUCUGUUCCCUUGCGUGAUCUUCUUGACUAGACCGUGGGGAAAAAGCAAGCAUUCAGACCCAGCACAUUCGCUUUUUGCUACUCGCCUUCGAUGUCUGCAUGAGAGAUUGCAAUGCUAGGCUCCGUCCGAUCCUCUUGAUCCAUGAUCUUUCCGUUGCUAGGCCACCUCGUCGCACUCCGAGGCCCGAUUGUCGUUGGUCUUUGUUAGCGAGCUGAGCACCGCCCGCCUCAGCCUUGCGGGCACCUAAUUUGGGAUCUCAGGCCCCGACCUGAGUCAGAUGAGCGGCCCAGACGUUGAUACCAUCCUCAUAUUUCCACAGUCGCGGCUCUGUGUCUGUUGUUCAGAUGCUGUUUGGGAUUUUCAUCUUCACCUGUUACACGCUCGUUGCUCAAAGCACGCCAGCACUCACGGAGUCUCCCCACCAAGAAUGCCCUCAAGCUUGAGUUAUCUCGUUUCCUUGCUUCUCUCCACCUCCGUCCUCCCCUCUUUCAUCAGCGCCCAGUCAAGCACCCAAUUCGGCCAAUGCGCCGACAACUGCGUCAGCACGUACCCGAUUGUCAACCACUGCAACGGCACCGAGACCGGCACCGCGCUCGACGAAUGCAAAUGCGAGAGCUACUCGCCCUCCAACGACCCGCUGAUCAACUGUGUCCUGGGCUGCCCGUCGGACCAGCAACUCGCAUUCGCCGACAGUCUCCCCAAACUCUGCGCCCAGACAUUAUUCCUGGGUCUCGAUCUGUCGGACCAGCCGAAGCCCUCGGCGGAGAAUUCGGCAGCUAGCGCCACGGUCGACGCGGCCAAAGCCACAGGCACGACCAGCGGCAACAGUGCAGCUAGCUUCGCAGCCGGUGCCAACAUGCUGGGAUAUCUCGCCUUGACCUUGGGCAUCGCCGUGUUGUUAUGACGAGCUAUUCGGGGAGGGCCUGGGUUUGGUUGCGCCACUCUCCCUCGCAAGCCCUUGGUCACAGCACAGACGGUGGUUCAUAAGAUGAGAGGCCGCGUAUAUCCCACUUUAUGCAAAGCGUUGGCGCCACGGGAUGGAAGGCGACGUCUGGGAUUACGGGAUUGAUCGAGGAGUUCUAAGGGAGUGAGGGAAAGCGUCUUUCUCGACAGUCCGGCGUUGGAUAUACAUCAAAGAGAGUGUAUUUUGGGGCCACUACGUCGUGGAGAACAGGACACACGUACUGUACCUAUCUCUCAGCAUUUAGAAUGUGGCGCUAGGGAGACAUGUAUAAAGAUGCCCAGUGCAGAGUUCACAGAGAGGUCUCUUUCACCCAUGUUGAUAUACACAUCCAUCGCUUCGAAAGACAGUCUAAUUCAGUGCACUCGAUCUGGCUAUCGGUAUAUACCUUACAGAAACCCA